UGUGUGUGUGUGUGUGUGUGUGUGUGUGUGUGUGUCUUGAUUCUUGUGUUGUGAGCUCCCAGUCAGUGUUCCUGUUUUACCUCUCAGACUGACUUCAGAUCAGAAGAUGAGUGAUUUGGAGGAAGAGGAGGACGGAGCAGAGUCUGUAGUAUCUGGCUGUCAGUCUAUGAAGAGUGACUGGUCCAAAGAUGAUCCUCCAGUCUUCAGUGCUGAACCUGGACCCUCAGACACAAAGGUCCAGAACAACAGACGGAGAGCAGAGUCUGUAGUAUCUGGCUGUCAGUCUAUGAAGAGUGACUUGUCCAAAGAUGAACGUCCAUUCUUCAGUAAAGAACCUGGACCCUCAGACACAAAACUGACUUCAGAUCAGAAGAUGAGUGAUUUGGAGGAAGAGGAGGACGGAGCAGAGUCUGUAGUAUCUGGCUGUCAGUCUAUGAAGAGUGACUGGUCCAAAGAUGAUCCUCCAGUCUUCAGUGCUGAACCUGGACCCUCAGACACAAAACUGACUUCAGAUCAGAAGAUGAGUGAUUUGGAGGAAGAGGAGGACGGAGCAGAGUCUGUAGUAUCUGGCUGUCAGUCUAUGAAGAGUGACUGGUCGAUGCCGGAACAUCCAACCUUCAGUGCUGAACCUGGACCCUCAGACACAAAACUGACUUCAGAUCAGAAGAUGAGUGAUUUGGAGGAAGAGGAGGACGGAGCAGAGUCUGUAGUAUCUGGCUGUCAGUCUAUGAAGAGUGACUGGUCGAUGCCGGAACAUCCAACCUUCAGUAAAGAACCUGGACCCUCAGACACAAAAAAGAGGAAGAGGAGUGAUGUUUGUGAGGAGGAGCAGCCGUCAUGCUGUGUGUUGUGUCAGGACGUCCUGAAGGAUCCAGUCUCUACCAGCUGUGGACACUGGUUCUGCAGACAGUGCAUCACCUCAUACUGGGACCAGUCUGCUUCAUCAGGAGACUCCUGCUGUCCCCAGUGUGGAGAAAGAUACAGAACAAUGUACGUUGUUAAACAUAAACAUAAGAUCAGUGUGAAGGGGACAUAUGAACGUGUGACUGAAGGAGCUGAUCAAACAGGAAGUGGAACCCCCCUCAACACUAUCUACACUGCGCUCUACAUCACAGAUGGACUGAGUGAAGAAGUUAAUACCCAACAUGAGGUGAGGCAGCUCGAGACAGCUUCCAAGAUGGAGACCCUCCAUGAAACUCCAAUCAACUGCAGAGACAUCUUUAAAGCCUUACCUGACCAACAGAAACACAUCAGAGUCGUUCUGAUGAUCGGCGUCGCUGGCGUUGGAAAAACCUUCUCAGUGCAGAAGUUCUGUCUGGACUGGGCCGAGGGUUUGGAAAACCAAGAUGUGGAUCUGGUGUUUCCUCUUUCCUUCAGGGAGCUGAACUUGAUCAAAGAUGAGCAGUACAGUCUUCUGGAGCUGCUCCCUGUUUUCCAUCCAACAUUACAGGAGGUCACAGCAGAGCAGCUCGCUGGCUCUAAAGUUCUCUUCAUCUUUGACGGCAUGGAUGAAAGCAGACUUUCACUGGAUUUCAACAAGAGGAAGGUUGUUUCUGAUGUCACACAGAAGUCAUCAGUCAACGAGCUGUUGACAAACCUCAUCCAGGGGAAGCUGCUUCCCUCGGCUCUCGUCUGGAUAACUUCCCGACCUGCAGCAGCCAAUCAGAUCCCUCCUGCGUAUGUUGACAGGGUAACAGAAGUACGAGGCUUCACUGACGACCAGAAGGAGGAGUACUUCAGGAAGAGAGUCAGUGAUGAAGAGCUGUCCAGCAGAAUCAUCUCCCACAUCAAGACAUCCAGGAGCCUCCACAUCAUGUGUCUGAUCCCAGUCUUCUGCUGGAUCACUGCUACAGUUCUGGACCACAUGUUGACUACAGACCAGAGAGGAGAGCUGCCCAAGACCCUGACUGACAUGUACUCACACUUCCUGCUGGUUCAGACAAAGAGGAAGAAGCAGAAGUAUGCUGAGGGACAUGAGACGAGUCCACAGGAGCUGACGGAGGCUGACAGGGAAGUUCUUCUGAAGCUGGGGAGGCUGGCGUUUGAACAGCUGGAGAAAGGAAACAUCAUGUUCUACCAAGAAGACCUGGAGCGCUGUGGUCUGGAUGUCACAGAGGCCUCGCUUUUCUCAGGAGUUUGUAGAGAGAUCUUCAAAAGAGAGAGUGUGAUCUUCCAGAAAACAGUCUACUGCUUCGUUCAUCUGAGCGUUCAGGAGUUUCUGGCUGCAGUCUACAUGUUCCACUGUUACACCAACAGGAACACUGAGGUACUCAAGGACUUCCUGGGGAAAGGCUGGGACUGUGACAACAGUGACCUGAAAGAUGGCAAUAAUAACAAUUACCCAUCUCUGGAUGUCUUCUUGAAGAGAGCCAUGGAGAAAUCUCUUGAGAGUAAAAAUGGCCACCUGGACCUGUUUGUCCGCUUCCUUCAUGGCCUCUCUCUGGAGUCCAACCAGAGACUCUUAGGAGGCCUGCUGGGUCAGACAGACAACAGUCCAGAAAUCAUCCAGAAAGCCAUCAACAACCUGAAGGAGAAGAAGACCAAAAUGUCUCCUGACAGAAGCAUCAACAUCUUCCACUGUCUGACGGAGAUGAACGACCACUCAGUCCAUCAGGAUAUCCAAGAGUUCCUCAAGUCAGAGAACAGAUCAAAGACAAAACUCUCUGAGAUCCACUGCUCAGCUCUGGCCUACAUGCUGCAGAUGUCAGAGGAGGUUCUGGAUGAGUUGGACCUGAGUCAGUACAACACAUCACGGGAGGGACGACUGAGACUGAUUCCAGCUGUGAGGAACUGCAGAAAGGCUCAAGAGCAGCACAACAGACGGAGAGCAGAGUCUGUAGUAUCUGGCUGUCAGUCUAUGAAGAGUUACUGGUCCAAUGGUCAACCUCUGAACUUCAGUAAAGAACCUGGACCCUCAGACACAAAACUGACUUCAGAUCAGAAGAUGAGUGAUUUGGAGGAAGAGGAGGACGGAGCAGAGUCUGUAGUAUCUGGCUGUCAGUCUAUGAAGAGUGACUGGUCCAGAAUAGAUCCUCCAGACUUCAGUAAUGAACCUGGACCCUUAGACACAAAAGAGAAGAGGAGUGAUGUUUCUGAGGAGGAGCUGUCCAGAACCAGAACCAGAACCAGAGCUGGACUGCAGACAGCCAGUCAGAGCAGCUCUGAAAAAAAGAUCGGUGGUCAGCAUAAACAUAAACAUAAGAUCAGAGUGAAGGAGACAUAUGAACGUGUGACUGAAGGAGCUGAUCAAACAGGAAGUGAAACCCCCCUCAACAGGAUCUUCACUGAGGUCUACAUCACAGAUGAACUGAGUGAAGAAGUUAAUACCCAACAUGAGGUGAGGCAGCUCGAGACAGCUUCCAAGAUGAAGACCCUCCAUGACUCUCCAAUCAAGUGCAGCGACAUCUUUAAAGCCUUACCUGACCAACAGAAACACAUCAGAGUCGUUAUGAUGAUCGGCGUCGCUGGCGUUGGAAAAACCUUCUCAGUGCAGAAGUUCUGUCUGGACUGGGCCGAGGGUUUGGAAAACCAAGAUGUGGAUCAGGUGAUUCCUCUUUCCUUCAGGGAGCUGAACUUGAUCAAAGAUGAGCAGUACAGUCUUCUGGAGCUGCUCCGUGUUUUCCAUCCAACAUUACAGGAGGUCACAGCAGAGCAGCUCGCUGGCUCUAAAGUUCUCUUCAUCUUUGACGGCCUGGAUGAAAGCAGACUUUCACUGGAUUUCAACAAGAGGAAGGUUGUUUCUGAUGUCACACAGAAGUCAUCAGUCAACGAGCUGUUGACAAACCUCAUCCAGGGGAAGCUGCUUCCCUCGGCUCUCGUCUGGAUAACUUCCCGACCUGCAGCAGCCAAUCAGAUCCCUCCUGCAUGUGUUGACAGGGUAACAGAAGUACGAGGCUUCACUGACACCAAGAAGGAGGAGUACUUCAGGAAGAGAGUCAGUGAUGAAGAGCUGUCCAGCAGAAUCAUCUCCCACAUCAAGACAUCCAGGAGCCUCCACAUCAUGUGUCUGAUCCCAGUCUUCUGCUGGAUCACUGCUACAGUUCUGGACCACAUGUUGACUACAGACCAGAGAGGAGAGCUGCCCAAGACCCUGACUGACAUGUACUCACACUUCCUGCUGGUUCAGACAAAGAGGAAGAAGCUCAAGUAUGCUGAGGGACAUGAGACGAGUCCACAGGAGCUGACGGAGGCUGACAGGGAAGUUCUUCUGAAGCUGGCGAAGCUGGCAUUUGAACAGCUGAAGAAAGGAAACAUCAUGUUCUACCAAGAAGACCUGGAGCGCUGUGGUCUGGAUGUCACAGAGGCCUCGCUGUACUCAGGAGUUUGUUCAGAGAUCUUCAAAAGAGAGAGUGUGAUCUUCCAGAAAACAGUCUACUGCUUCGUUCAUCUGAGCGUUCAGGAGUUUCUGGCUGCAGUCUACAUGUUCCACUGUUACACCAACAGGAACACACAGGUACUCAAGGACUUCCUGGGGAAAGACUUCCUGGGACCAGACUUCAAGCACAGGGACUCAAACCCAAAGUCUUUACUCAAGAAGAUUUCUAAGUCUUUUGGAAAGAAAGAUAGCCAUGGUGACAGUGAACAUGACAAUUACCCAUCCCUGGAUGUCUUCCUGAAGAAAACCAUGGAGAAAUCCCUGAGGAGUAAAAAUGGCCACCUGGACCUGUUUGUGCGCUUCCUUCAUGGCCUCUCUCUGGAGUCCAACCAGAGACUCUUAGGAGGCCUGCUGGGUCAGACAGACAACAGUCCAGAAAUCGUCCAGAGAGCCAUCAACAACCUGAAGGAGAUGAACAGUGAUGGGAUCUCUCCUGACAGAAGCAUCAACAUCUUCCACUGUCUGACGGAGAUGAACGACCACUCAGUCCAUCAGGAGAUCCAAGAGUUCCUGAAAUCAGAGAACAGAUCAAAGAAACUCUCUGAGAUCCACUGCUCAGCUCUGUCCUACAUGCUGCAGAUGUCAGAGGAGGUUCUGGAUGAGUUGGACCUGAGUCAGUACAAAACAUUAUCGGAGGGACGACUGAGACUGAUUCCAGCUGUGAGGAACUGCAGAAAGGCUCGACUGAUUGACUGCAGUUUUUCAGAGAUCAGCUGUGCUCCUCUGGUCUCAGCUCUGAAGUCCAACCCCUCCCAUCUGAGAGAGCUGGACCUGAGGGACAACAAGAAUCUGAAGGAUUCAGGAGUGAAGUGUAUGUGUGUUGGAUUGGAGAGUCCAAACUGUAGACUGGAAACUCUGAGAUUGUGGAACUGCAGUUUGUCAGAGAUCAGCUGUGCUGCUCUGGUCUCAGUUCUGAAGUCCAACCCCUCCCAUCUGAGAGAGCUGGACCUGAGCUUCAACAACCUGGAGGAUUCAGGGGUGAAGCGUCUGUGUGCUGGAUUGGAGAGUCCAAACUGUAGACUGGAGACUCUGAGUUUGUCAGAGAUCAGCUGUGCUGCUCUGGUCUCAGCUCUGAAGUUCAACCCCUCCCAUCUAAGAGAGCUGGACCUGAGCUUCAACAACCUGGAGGAUUCAGGAGUGAAGCUGUUGUGUGAUUUUCUGGAGAGUCCAAACUGUAGACUGGAGACUCUGAGAUUGAGGAAAUGCGGUUUGUCAGAGAUCAGCUGUCCACCUCUGGCCUCAGCUCUGAAGUACAACCUCUCCCAUCUGAGAAAGCUGGACCUGUGCUACAACAACCUGAAGGAUUCAUACGUGAAGCAGCUGUGUGAUCUGAAGGAGAGUCCAGACUGUAGACUGGAGACUCUGGAGGUGGAUGGCAGAGAAUACAAGGCUGCACCUGACGUACAUGAAGGACAUCCGUCCACGUCAAAGACAAACCUUGAUGUGUCUGAGGACAGAAGAGAGGAUCAGCUGUGUCCUGAUGAUCCAGAGAGGUUGAAGCAGCAGCAGCUUGUGGGUGGAGAGGCUCCCAAUACAAAUUCUCAGGAAAUGUUACAUUUCACACCUAAACUGCUGACUGAGUCUGGAAAGACUUCAUACAGGUUCAGGUGUCCUGGUCCAGGUGGGUUCCAGUGUGCUUUGACUGGACUGGUGUUUGUUACGACUCAGGAGGCGGAGCUGCUGUACAACACUGUCCCAUGGGACGAGAGCCUCCUCCAAUCAGCUGGCAGGAUGGCUGCAGGGCCGCUGUACGAUAUAAAGUGUUCAGAAGAGACUGCUGUCUAUCAGCUCCACCUUCCACACUGUGAAAUCAUAGAUGCUCCGCUGCCUGAUGGCCUGUUGUCUGUCGUCCACAUCACCGAUGAUGGGAUGAGCAUCCUCGAGCCCCUGGAGAUUACAGACACUCAUGUGGUUGUAAAUGUCCCUCACCUCUCUAUCUUUGGCCUGGACUGGGUUAAAAGGUUGUGGACGAAACCUGUCAGCGGCCAAGUUAUGCUGUUCCUCAGACCACCAAACCCAGCAUUACAGACGCAAAACCUCAAUGUGCUUCUCCUGCCCAGAAACAUCCCUCUGAACGAGGUGAGAGAAUAUCAAAAAUGUAGGAACAUCCAGGUUCCUUCCAAAUGUAAACUCAUCAAAGAUCAAAGUUACACUGUCGAAUGUCCUCAGGCCAUUAAAAUACAGCCAAAGAAAGCAGAAUUUGACCUGGAGUUUGGACCAAACUAUGACUCAACGUUUGAGAUCCGCCUGCCUAAAAACACACAAGAAGUGACUUUAAGAGUCCAAGACGAAGGACAGAGCGUCUGGGAGCACGACGUGGAACUGAUUGCUCCAACUGGGCCAAAUCCACGGAGGAAUGACCCAGCAGAGGACAGUGAUCCCCCAGAAGAAAGGCUGAGGAAAGUUCGGUCACAGUUUGUACAGCGAGUGUCUGAUCCAGUUCUGAACCAGCUCCUGGAUAAACUCCUUGAGCAUGGUGUUAUAACUGAUGAGGAAAUGGAGUCAGUCAGAACACGAGGCAGAGCAGACAAAGCCCGAAACCUGAUCGACAUGGUGAGAAGAAAAGGACGAGCAGCCAGCUCAGUUCUGAUCUCUACUCUCUGUGAGGUGGAUCCAGUCCUGUCCAGAGAGCUGAGAUUAAUCUGAAGCACCAAACUGUGGAGAGUUGUGAUGAAUCUCUCCAAUAACUGUUAACUGUUAACUGUUAUACAUGAUUACUUAUUGGUAGUUUCAGCCACUAGAUGGAGGCAGAACUUCACUGAUCGACAAACAAGAUGCAAAUAAUAGAGAAAGAUUUCUGAGUGAAGAUUGAACACCUGCUGGUUAAAGAGAUACUGGUUGGUCAUUUACUCAUCCUCUACAGCCUCUGAUGUCAUCAAACAGCCUCUGAUGUCAUCACACAGAUGCUGCUGAAUGCUGCGGGGCUUUUUCAGGCUCUGAACCAUAUUUUGUCUUUUACAUGUUUUCUUGGGGUGACACAAAUCUUCAGCAGUAUUCAGAGAAAAGGAACACUAGCUGUUUC